AUGAAGACCCUAUCCUACCAGAGAAGCGGAGAAUUCGCCAGAGCCGGAUCCCCUCACCCAAAGACCGGUCGCGUCCGGAAGGCCACCCAAGAAUGGCGCGAGGAGAAAGCGAUGGAGGAAAAGCUGCGCAAGCUCGUCGGCCACUCCGAGGAAGAGGACCAGCUCGCCCUCCUUAUUUCGGCCAUCGAGCGGAUAAGGAACUUGCAGCAGCAACUCCAGACUGACAAGGAGAAUGAUAUGCCCGACGCCCUCGCGGAGCUCAUGGAAAGCGUCAGCACCGGCGAAAAG